AUGGCGAACUUACCAACUAUUCGCUGGGGAAUCAUUACCACUGGCCUGAUAUCCUCAUGGUUCGUUGAAGAUCUGGUCCUCGACCGACCUGAUGCCAGAGUCAAACAUAUAAUCCAAUCUAUCGGCACAUCAAGUCUCCAAAAAGGCCAGAAAUUUGUAGAGCAACAUUGUCCGACCGAGAAUCCACAGAUUUACGACUCUUACGAGAAAGUCUACCGCGACGCAGAGGUGGACAUUGUUUACAUCGGUACACCUCAUGGUCACCAUUACCGCGAUACUAUGCAAGCCAUCGCAGCAGGCAAAAACAUAUUCUGCGAGAAAGCAUUCACAUUAAACGCCAAGCAAGCAAGAGAGGUCUUUGAAGCAGCCAAGAAAAAGAAUGUCUACGUCGCCGAAGCAAUGUGGCUCCGUCACAGACCGAUAUACCGCAAACUACAAGAACUGCUGCAUCAAGACAAGAUCAUCGGGGACGUAACCCGCGUAUUCUCUGAUUUCGCGUCGGAGAUUGAUAUCCAAUCUCUGCCCUCAACAUCUCGAUAUCGGGAUAUAGCCCUCGGGGCAGGAUCUCUGCUCGAUAUCGGCGUUUACUCUCUUACGUGGCUUGCCGUGGCACUCGAGAAAGACAUGGAAAUGCCCCGUAUCGUGGCGUCGCAGAGUCACGAUGAGGGGAUUGAAGUCACCACGAGUGCUAUUCUUCAGUACUCCGACGGUCGCAUGGGUAUUGCGAGCUCCACGACCAAAACCAAGGGCUCUCCUGGGAAAACCUUCGCCGUAAUCCAUGGGACGAAGGGCCAUAUUGAGGUGUCAGGCGACGCACCUUCUUUCCCUGAAUCGUUCACUGUAUGGGCCAGACAAACAGAUCCUGGAAAUGCGCAGAAGGUCUUGUUCGAUAAAGAGCAAUACGAGAGCAAAACAUACGAGCUCCCGAUGAUUGGGCGGGGCUUUGUUUGGGAGGCUGAGAAUACUGCAUUGGAUGUUUUGGGCGGACAGAAGGAGAGUGGUAUCGUGCCAUGGGCAACGACUGUGCAUAUGAUGGAGAUGAUGGAUGAGAUCAGGCGCCAGGGGGGAACCGUUUACCCCGGAGAGUAA